CCUGCCGCGCGGAAGUUCUCGCGGGCCGCGCGGAAACAUUUCCGCCCUGGCGAUAGAUGUUCCCGGGCUGCGCGUAAAAAUUUCCGAGCCAGCCGUGAUUCUGCCGCGCCAGCUCUGCCGGAGACAGCCGAGUCGCGCGGCCUCUGCCCGCACCCCAGCCGUGCCCCGUGACCAGCCCGGCCAGUCGCAGCCACUCCCGGAGCCCCUGCCCCUGCCCGUCCCCGACCAUGCUGUCUCUCCAGUACCCCGAAGUGUACCGCGACGAGACCGCGGUACAGGAUUAUCAUGGCCAUAAAAUUUGUGACCCUUACACUUGGCUCGAAGACCCAGACAGCGAGCAGACAAAGGCUUUCGUGGAGGCCCAGAACAAAAUUACUGUGCCAUUUCUGGAGCAGUGUCCUAUCAGAGGUUUAUACAAGGAGAGAAUGACUGAACUGUAUGACUAUCCCAAGUACAGUUGCCACUUCAAGAAAGGAAAACGGUAUUUUUAUUUUUACAAUACGGGUUUGCAGAACCAACGAGUAUUAUAUGUACAGGAUUCCUUAGAGGGCGAAGCCAGAGUGUUCCUGGACCCCAACAUACUCUCCGAUGAUGGCACAGUGGCACUCCGAGGUUAUGCGUUCAGUGAAGAUGGGGAAUACUUUGCCUAUGGUCUGAGUGCCAGUGGCUCAGACUGGGUGACGAUCAAGUUCAUGAAAGUUGAUGGUGCCAAAGAGCUUCCAGAUGUGCUUGAAAGAGUCAAGUUCAGCUGUAUGGCCUGGACCCAUGAUGGGAAGGGAAUGUUCUACAACUCAUACCCCCAGCAGGAUGGAAAAAGUGAUGGCACAGAAACAUCCACCAAUCUCCACCAAAAGCUCUGCUACCAUGUCUUGGGGACCGAUCAGUCAGAAGAUAUUUUGUGUGCUGAGUUUCCUGAUGAACCUAAAUGGAUGGGUGGAGCUGAGUUAUCUGAUGACGGCCGCUAUGUCUUGUUAUCAAUAAGGGAAGGCUGUGACCCAGUAAACAGACUCUGGUACUGUGACCUACAGCAGGAAUCCAAUGGCAUCACUGGAAUCCUGAAGUGGGUAAAACUGAUCGACAACUUUGAAGGAGAGUAUGACUAUGUAACCAAUGAAGGGACAGUGUUCACGUUCAAGACGAAUCGCCAUUCUCCCAAUUAUCGCCUGAUCAACAUCGACUUUACGGAUCCUGACGAGUCUAAGUGGAAAGUGCUUGUUCCUGAGCACGAGAAAGAUGUCUUAGAAUGGGUAGCUUGCGUCAGGUCCAGCUUUUUAGUCUUAUGCUACCUCCACGACGUGAAGAACAUUCUGCAGCUUCACGACCUGGCUACUGGUGCUCUCCUCAGGACCUUCCCGCUCGAGGUCGGCAGCAUUGUGGGAUACAGCGGGCAGAAGAAGGACACCGAAAUCUUCUAUCAGUUUACUUCCUUUUUAUCUCCAGGUAUCAUUUAUCACUGUGAUCUUACCAAAGAGGAACUGGAGCCGAGAGUUUUUCGAGAGGUGACCGUGAAAGGAAUUGAUGCUUCCGAUUACCAGACAAUCCAGAUUUUCUACCCUAGCAAGGAUGGUACAAAGAUUCCAAUGUUCAUCGUACAUAAAAAAGGCAUAAAAUUGGAUGGUUCUCAUCCUGCUUUCUUGUAUGGCUACGGUGGCUUCAACAUAUCUAUCACACCCAACUACAGUGUUUCCAGGCUUAUUUUUGUGAGACACAUGGGCGGUGUCCUUGCGGUGGCCAACAUCAGAGGGGGUGGCGAGUACGGAGAGACGUGGCAUAAAGGUGGUAUCUUGGCCAACAAACAGAACUGCUUUGAUGACUUCCAGUGUGCUGCUGAAUACCUGAUCAAGGAAGGCUACACAUCUCCCAAGAGGCUGACUAUUAACGGAGGUUCAAACGGGGGCCUCUUAGUAGCUGCAUGUGCAAAUCAGCGUCCUGACCUCUUUGGUUGUGUUAUUGCCCAAGUUGGAGUAAUGGACAUGCUGAAGUUCCAUAAAUAUACCAUCGGCCAUGCCUGGACCACCGAUUACGGGUGCUCGGACAACAAACAACACUUUGAAUGGCUUGUCAAAUAUUCUCCGUUGCACAACGUGAAGUUACCGGAGGCUGAUGACAUCCAGUACCCAUCCAUGCUGCUCCUCACUGCUGACCACGAUGACCGUGUGGUCCCGCUUCACUCGCUGAAGUUCAUUGCCACUCUUCAGUACAUCGUGGGCCGCAGCAGGAAGCAAAACAACCCCCUGCUCAUCCAUGUGGACACCAAGGCGGGCCACGGGGCAGGGAAGCCCACAGCCAAAGUGAUAGAAGAAGUCUCAGACAUGUUUGCAUUCAUAGCACGGUGCCUGAACAUCGACUGGAUUCAGUAAAGGGAGCUUCCCGCUCCCUCCUGACAACUACAGAAAACCUCAAGGGCUUUUCACACCAUGCAAACCGAGAAACCACUGGACGUGAUGCUUCCCCGCAGGAACACUGUUCCUGCACUCACAGACCACAGCUGAUCAGAACUGCCGUGGGAAUUUUAUCUUUUUUAGGCUUUUCCUUUUUAGCAAGCCCUUGGUGUUUCUUUUUCCACCUUUCCAGGCACAUUUUUAAAAAAAAAAAAAAAAGCAUGUUUGGAUAAAUAACUAAAUGGCAGCAAACAUGUUGUGAAUAUUAGAUUACUGAAUUAAGGGUUGUAGUCAGGCAUACUUCAUAUAGAGCACCUCAAUGAAAUUUGCUUCUAUAACCAAUAACGUAUAUCUUUAAAUAAAUGUGAGACAUGUUCUCAUGGAAAAGACUUCUUUGCAACAAUAAUAAAUGUUAUUUAAGGAUGGGAGCCUUUAUUUCCAGUUUCUUGGUGCUGAGGAGCAACUCCAGAAGUGCGGUUUUCUAUAGGAAUAAAGCAUUUCAGCUUUCUGCAAAAAGUUCCCAAACAGUUAAAUCAUAGAAUGUUAGCACUGAAAAGAAUUUGCGUUCAUCUAUUCCAGCUCCCUUGUCUAUCAGUGAGGAAACUAUUAGAGGUGGCUCACUGUCUUUAAUAUUAACCACUCAGUCAGGUGAUAAUCUGAUCUGAGGCUUGUUUUGGAUGCCUAUUAAAAUUCAGUGGAUUGGAAAAUUCAGAUUAUUCACCUAUUUGUGUAUUGGUUUUGGUUACCUGGAAAUCAGAGUUCCUUGGAUAUGAAGCUAAGAGACCACAUAAGUAAAUUAUCCAAACAGAUGCAUUUAUCCAAGCUUAUCUUACAGUCAGAAAUUUCAGCAUUUCCCAAGCUUUUUCUCCCUAUUGACCACUCCUCCUGCAAAUAGAAAUAGGCAUACUUAAAAAAAAAAAAAGAAAAAAUGGUUUUGGUUUGUCCCUCCUCUCCCCAAGAAUCUUUAAGAAGAUACAUCAUUCCUCAAACAUUUGUCCAUAAAAUUUUUUUCAAGGUAUAUGUUUUAAUAUCUUAUCAAACAGUGUUCCUUUGGGUAUCAGUUUGGGAAAUGCUGAUCUAAUUUUUUUAAGACUUUUAUCUUGUUUUAUCAGAUUGAUGAAAAUAUCUAUUUUGUUUAAAGUAUCUUAACCUUGCAUAAAAUAGCUUAAAAGAUUACUUUAUGGCCGGGUGAAGUCUGAGAGGCCAAGGCAAGAGGAUUGCUUGAGGCUAGGAGUUCAAGACCAGCCUGAGCAAGAGUGAG